UUCUUUUCGUCACUCAACGUCACCAGGAAGUCUAUAGAGGCAAAAAGGCAACAUGGCACAGUACACAGAUCCACUGGCAGAUGUAGCUGCCGAAGAGAUGCCCGAUCUUUCUGAUGGUGAUGAUGAAGAUAUGGAUGGAGACGGAGAACAAUGGCAGUGGAUGGAGGAGGACAGUCAGCCUGUUAGUUGUCUGUUCUGUGAGAGGUUGCUAAAGUCUGUACCUGCCACCUUGCAACAUUGCCAAAGUGAACAUCAGGUCAGCCUGGUAGAUGUGAUCAGGAAACAUGGUUUAGACGACUAUGGCUACAUAAAAAUGAUCAACUUUAUAAGAUCAACAAAGUUUGAUGCAUCCUGUCUGCCGGUGCUUCCAGACGCUCCCUUACCUUGGGAGAGUGAAGAAUUCCUCCGACCAGUUUUGCAGGAUGACCCCUUGCUGCAAAUGGACCCAGAGGAGCUCUGUGGCACUGAGGAGGCACCUACUGUGACUGGGACCCAGAGUGCACUUCUGCAGAGAGCAACGGCUGCUGAGGAGAGAGCCCAGCGCUCAGAAGAGGCUCUGUCCAGAGCCAUGGACGACCUUCAUAAACUCAAGCUGUUGGCUCAGGGUUUGGUGCUUAAUGCAGAAACGGGCAAAACUGGGAACCUGAGCAGCGUUUCUGAACUCAGGGAAGAUGAGGACGAGGCCUACUUCGGCUCCUACAGCCAUUAUGGCAUCCACGAGGAGAUGCUGAAGGAUAAAGUCCGCACAGAGAGUUACCGAGACUUUAUGUACCGCAACCCUGAGGUGUUUAAAGACAAGGUGGUGCUAGAUGUGGGCUGUGGGACUGGUAUUCUGUCAAUGUUUGCUGCCAGAGCUGGAGCCAAGAAGGUGUUUGCUGUGGACCAAUCAGAAAUCAUCUAUCAAGCUAUGGACAUAGUCAGAUGCAACAAGUUGGAGGACAAGAUCACACUGAUCAAAGGCCGCAUUGAAGAUAUAAAGCUUCCUGUUGAGAAGGUGGACAUUAUUAUCUCUGAAUGGAUGGGUUAUUUCUUGCUCUUUGAAUCCAUGCUGGACUCUGUUCUAUAUGCCAGAGAUUUAUACUUGGCUGAUGGAGGAUCAGUUUAUCCAGAUCUCUGUAACAUCAGCUUGGCAGCAGUGGGUGACACACAGAAGCACGAAGACCGCAUUGCAUUCUGGGACGAUGUCUAUGAUUUUAACAUGUCAUGCAUGAAGAAGGCUGUGGUGCCUGAGGCUGUGGUUGAAGUUGUGAGAGCAGAAACUCUCAUCUCGGAACCUGCGGUCAUUCAGACCAUAGACUGUAACACAGUCUGCCUGUCUGAGCUGGAGUUUUCAUCAGACUUCUGCCUAAGGAUGACAAAGACUACAGACUGCACGGCAGUUGUUGGCUACUUUGACAUUUUCUUCGAGAGAGGCUGCAGCAACAAGGUGAUGUUCUCCACUGGCCCUCAAGUCACAAAAACACAUUGGAAACAGACUGUUUUCCUACUGGAAAAACCCAUUUCUGUCCAAGCAGGGGAGGAGCUCCAGGGCAAAAUUACUGUGCGGAAAAACAGGAAAGAUCCUCGAUCACUGUUGGUCACCUUUGAACUUCAAGACAGGAAACAAACAUACACCUUACAAUAAGAUCAGACGUCAAACGACCGGUGGUUGCUGCUUUAAAAUAGUCAUGGAUUAAUGACUAUUGUUGGAGUAGGUUAGAACUAAAGCAUUUUUUUAUAGAAUAUCAAAAGAGUUUGUAUGUGUUUGUGCCACAUAAUAAAAAAAUAACUUGGAUGAAAAA